ACCAGGCGGGCAAGCCGGUAGGCUUCCUGGCGGAGGAGGCCAUGGCGGGGCCGGGCUCCGCCGCCGAGCGGGAGCCGUUGCUGGGACACGAAGCCUCCUCAGGGAGCAGCCGGUGGGAGGUGAUUGAAACGGAAGAGCUUCACCGGAGCCGAUGGCGAUCCAUCAGGGUCCUCUAUCUCACCGUGUUCCUCAGCAGCGUCGGGUUUUCCAUUGUCAUCAUGUCCAUUUGGCCAUACCUCCAAAAGAUCGACGCUUCCGCGGACGCCAGCUUUCUGGGCUGGGUUAUCGCCUCGUUUAGCCUGGGCCAGAUGGUGGCCUCUCCCCUGUUCGGGCUGUGGUCGAAUUAUCGGCCGAGAAGAGAGCCCCUCGUCGUGUCCAUCUCCAUCUCGGUGGCGGCCAACUGCCUGUACGCCUACGUCCACGCCCCCCCGUCCCACAACAAGUUCUACAUGCUGGCUGCCCGCAGCCUGGUGGGCUUUGGGGCCGGCAACGUGGCGGUGGUCCGCUCCUACAUCUCGGGGGCCACGUCUCUUCAGGAGCGCACCGGCUCCAUGGCCAACACCGGCGCCUGCCAAGCCCUCGGCUUCAUCCUGGGCCCGGCCAUUCAGACUUGCUUCUCCUUCAUCGGCGAAGAGGGCGUGACGUGGGCGGCCAUCGGGCUGCAGCUGAACAUGUACACCGCGCCCGUCCUCCUGGCCGCCCUCCUGGGCCUCCUCAACAUCCUCGUCAUUGUCGCCCUGCUACGAGAACACCGAGUGGACGACCUGGGCCGGCUGUGCAAGAGCGUGAACGUCGGACCCGAGGGGAUCCUGCCUGCCUCAGAGGGCCGGGACGCCCCGGGGACGGUGGACCACGUGGCCGUGGUGGCCACCAACGUCCUUUUCUUCGUCAUCCUCUUCAUCUUCGCGCUGUUUGAGACGAUCGUGACUCCCCUGACCAUGGACAUGUACGCGUGGACCCGCGAGCGGGCCGUCUUCUACAACGGCCUCAUCCUGGCCGCCCUCGGAGUCGAAUCCGUCGCCGUCUUCCUCGGCGUCAAGUUCCUCUCCAGGAGGACGGGCGAGCGGGCGGUGCUGCUGGGCGGCCUCCUCCUCGUCCUGGCCGGAUUCUUCAUCCUGCUGCCUUGGGGCCACCAGUUCCCGGCCGUGCAGUGGGAAGACCUGCGCAACGGCUCGGCUCCCACGGGGCCCCCCGGAGAGAGGGCGGCGGCCUGGUGGGCGAGCCCGCGGGACGGGCAGGAGGCCACCGGCUGCCCGGCCGCCCAGUCCUGGUGCUUCAACACGCCGGUCAUCCACCUGGCCCAGUACCUGACGGCGGACGUGCUCAUCGGGCUGGGCUACCCCGCCUGCAGCGUCAUGGCCUACACGCUCUACUCCAAGAUCCUGGGACCCAGCCCGCAGGGCGUGUACAUGGGCUGGCUGACGGCCUCCGGGAGCGGGGCCCGCGUGCUGGGCCCCGUGUUCGUCAGCCAGGUGUACAGCCGGCUGGGCCCGCGCUGGGCCUUCGGGUCCGUGUGCGGCCUGCUGCUCCUCACGCUGGCCCUGCUGGCCGCCAUCUACCCCAGGCUCGUCGCCUUCUCCCUCCGACCCCUUCAGCGGACGGGCUGGGCCCCCCCCGGGGCGCCCCGAGACCCCGGAGCCGGGCCGCUCCUUGCCUCCCGUCCCCCGCCCUCCCCCGAGCGGGGAGCGAGUUAGCCCCGGGCUGGGCGGAGGGCCCAUGGGGCGGGGCACGCACAGCAUGCCACCCUCCAUCCCCCCGCCGCCCUGGACACUGGGCCACGGCGGGAGGGAAGGACGGAUGGACCGAUGGACAGGUGGUGGGCAUCUCCUUCCUGAGGGAAGGCCACAGGGAAACGGCACUGGAGUCUCGGUGGUGCUUUAGCGGUCCGGCCGGGCAGAGGCGGAGCCCGGAGCGGGGCCGGCGGGCGAGCCCCGAGAAGAGCUGCUGGGGGCCUGCUGCCCCGGACC